UUCUUUUCGUGUUAACUUUCAGCUGCGACUUUCCAUUAAGAGUGGUUAAUUUUUAAUUAUAUUUCAGAAAUAAAUGCUGGUAGUGUUUUAACUUUAAAAAUGAAAAGUAGACUAUAAGUGGAGAAAAAAGAAAUGAAAAAUAAAUCUAUUCUUCUGAAAGAAAUCUGUCAAUAAAACUAAACUUGGUGUUUAUAAAUAUAUGUAUCGAUAUAUAAGUGCCUGUGCCAAGACUAACAACUUUUAACAGGGAAAAAAGUCAAUGUACGUCGUCUAUAUUUCAAAGAAAAAGCACGCAGAUUGGUAUCCAGCAUUUUGGGAAAUCUUCCCGAAACAAAUCGUUAAAAAAUUAAAUUUUAAUAUAAAAUCGGAUUAACAAAAUUGAGAAAGGGAUGUCUUCCACUACGUCAAUCGUAGAAGUAAUCCAACAUUAUCAACGUAGUAUUGGCAGCAGUCAAGACGACGAGGCCAGGCUUUUACAUUGCAUCAACAAAUUGUAUAAGCUGCCGAUAAAAGUGGAACAUCUACAGGAGACUGGGGUGGGAAAAACAGUGAACUCUUUGCGUAAAUACAAUGGAGAGAUUGGCGUGGCAGCUAAAACACUAGUAACGAAAUGGAAGGCCAUGGUAGCAGCGGAAGAAGAGCCCGCGGAUGCUGCAACUUCCACAUCCAGUGCCCACAGGGAAAAUGGACGAGAUAGUGGUGAAAAUGAUGAUGAGGAAAGUUAUCAUCGAAACAACUCUAGUCCUAAAGAAGAGAAAAAAGAUAAGGAACAAAAUAUUGAGCAAAAUUACAAAGAUAUCCGUAGUCAUAGCAAAGAUAUAUGCACGAAACCAUCCUCUUUACUUGAAAAUUCUAGUGAUAAAAAUGUGAAAAAUUCAAACGAACAAUACCAUAAAUCAUCAUCGUCUUCAUCUUUAGGGAAUGAUAGAGGAAAGGAUAAAGAGCGACAUCACAAGAGUCGAAGCAGCAAUGGCGGCAAAGAUAGAGGACGAGAUAAGGACAAACGAGACCAUAAAGAUAAACAUAAGGAAAGAGAUGAGGAAAGAGAUAGAAAAGAGAUUAAACCUAAACCUGAAACCACUACACGCAUUACGUCUGGCAGCAAUAGUAGUAGUAGUAACAAUAAGAAGAAAAAUGACGAAAAACAUAAACAUCAUUCACAACAACAUCGAGAGAAAACUGAUAAUCAUAAGCACAGGGCAGAAAGUAAACAGAAAAGUUCUUCUAGAGAUAACGAGAGACGUAAAGAAAGGUCUUCAAACUCUGCAAAAGAAGACGAAUCUCCGGAAGGGAGUUGUGGGGCUACCUCGAAUAAAAAUGAAACUUCAGAGCGUAAACGCCGUCGCAACUCCGACGAUGAUUCGAAUGACUUUCUGUCACCUCGGCCGAAAGUAGUAAAAAUGAAAACAUCCUCUAAAAAAGAUUCAAAAAUUGAAAAUGAAAACGAAAAUGACGAAGAGGGCGGAUUUGAUUCUUCGACCGGUGCCAACUUCGCUGAUGUAUUGGGCAUGUUAAAUGCCCCAACAAAGAAAGUUAAGAAAUCGGUAAAGUCGUCAUCAUCACCGGCUAGUAGCACAUCAAAAUUAUCGAGUAGCAGCUAUAAUAAUUCAGCGAAUUCGCCGUAUAGCAGUAGUAGCAAAACAAGCGCGUUAAAAACUAUGCCAACCUAUAAUUACACUCCUACUUCAGGCGUCUCAACACCAGUCUCAACGAAACCUGAUUUAUUGGCGCCAACUGCCAAGUUGGAACCCUUGGAUCCUAGCAUUGCCCUAGAGCUACCUACAAUAUCUACGAAUUAUAAACCUAUGCCUCUUAAUCAAACUGUAAUGGAUUGUGUCUUCAAUACCAAUAUGUCAAGUUCUUCAAAGCCAAUACGCACUUUAACAGAUGCGGAAGCCCUUAAUCAUGGUAUCUCCUCGAAAACUAUGCGAACGAAAAUUUACUCUGGUGCCAAAACUGGACAAAUUCUCCAAGUACCUUCUUUGUUUGAUUUAUGUAUACGGAUAUUACAAAAAAAUAUUGAUGCUUUGGAGUAUACGGGUGGAGUACCAUUUGAAGUUUUAAGACCGGUAUUAGAAAGAGCUACUCCACAUCAGUUGUUGGUCUUUGAAGAUUAUAAUCCUUACCUCAUGGAGGAUAGUGAUGUUCUAUGGCAAUUACAUGUCCAAAGAAAUUAUCGUACCCAGAAACGUUUGGAGAACGAGUCGUGGCGUGAAAUGUAUUUGCGCUGUCAAGAGGAUCAAGAACGUAAACUUAAUUAUUUGGCUGAUAGCAUUAAACAAUCGCAGAAAAUUGCGGCCGCUCCGGUCCGUAAGACUCAGUUAGCGUUUGUAGAUUCUAUGGUGAAGCCUCCACGUAAUAUUCAACGUAAACAAGAACAAUUUGGUACCCAAGCGAAGCUGGUAGCCACGCCAGCUGCUCGGGUAGCAAGCUUAUCAAGUGUUACUCCUAACGCGGCCAAAACUGAUGACGUUCGCUUAAAAGUCGCUUCAAGUAUUAGAGAUCACGCUCAAGUUUCUAGUGCUGCUACCGUUCGUCCCAAAAAAGCCCCACUCAUGCAAAAAACUUUGCAAUUUAUACGUGGUCGUCAUAAACGUUAAAAUUAUGUUAUGAAUAUUCUCAGUUGAAAUGGUUUUUUUUGUUUUUUUUUUUUUUAGAUUAAACAUAAGUGCAGACACCUAAGUUAGGCAAAUAUUAAGCGGAAAUGCUUUUUUUUCCUUUUUCCUUAGACUUAAUAUUUAUCAGGCAUUGUAUCUCCGGAAUACGUAAACAAACUAUAGUUUUUAAAUGUUUUUUUAAUUUAUUCUUUUUUUAUUUACAAAUUAACAGAACAAUAUUUUCCUAUCUAGUGUUAAGAAAAUUUAGGAAUUUCUGUUUAUUUAUUAAAUUAUUUAGAAUAACCUACGACAUUCACAUCACAGUUUUUCCCUUUUUUUUUUUUGUUUUUUUCCUCAAUUAAAAAAUCGACAUGUGUUCGACUGUUUAUUAUCCUACACGGUACACACAAUACACACUUGACAUCACUUAAUAAUGAAUGAAUUACUUAAAUCGAAAUAAUCUUCUUGUUAAGUUACGGCUUUUAGGCAUGCAUCCGUGUUCAACGGAUACAAAUGUCUUGCAAUUGUAAUAUACGUUUUAAAUUUUAUAGUUCAGGUA